AUGCUGGGCACCGCGGUCAGCGUGUGCAGCGUGUCGGCGCUGGCUGUGGGGCCCGGCCAGCUGGGGCCCGCCGCGGCGCUGGCCGCCCUGCAGGCCCUCUCCUCCGCCCUGCUCAUGAACAUCUGCAUCGUGGGGAUCAACCAGCUGUACGACAUUGAGAUCGACCGGGUCAACAAGCCCUACCUGCCCCUGGCCGCCGGCGACUUCUCGCCGCCCACCGGCCGCGCCAUUGUGGCCGCCACAGGCGCCGCCUCGCUGGCCAUCGGCGCCGCCGCCGCCUCGCCGCCGCUGCUGGGCACGCUGGGCGGCAGCCUGCUGCUGGGCAUCGCAUACUCCACUGAUCUGCCGGGCCUGCGCUGGAAGCGCAGCCCGGUGCUGGCGGCGGCGUGCAUCCUGGCGGUCAGGGCGGUGCUGGUGCAGCUGGGCUUCUUUUGGCACAUGCAGCUGGCGCUGGGUUCACCCGCACCCGCCAUCACCCGCCCCAUCGCCUUUGCCACCGCCUUCAUGCUGCUCUUCUCGGUGGUCAUUGCGCUGUUCAAAGACAUCCCCGACAUUGCGGGGGACCGGCAGGCGGGGGUGCGCACGCUCAGCGUGCGGUUGGGCCCCAAGCGCGUCUUCUGGGCGUGCAUUGCCAUCCUGGAGGCAGCAUAUGCUGGCGCCAUCGCGGUGGGCUUGCAGUCGGAGCUGGCGUGGAGCCGGGCCGCCACCACCGUCGCCCACGUGGCGCUGGGCGCGCUUCUGCUGUGGCGCGCGUGCCGCACCGACCUGUCCAGCCCCAAGGACAUCAGCAGGGCGUACAUGUUCUCCUGGGCCCUGUUCUAUGUGGAGUACGCGCUCCUGCCGCUCUUCCGCUGA